GAAGUUGGGGAGUGUGCGUGAUUUGUGUUCGUUUUUCAUGUGCGGAAGCAGCAGGAGACCGUUUGCCUCUCAUCAUCGUCAUCGGGUUCAGCUCAGCGUUCGUUAUCUGCACCGUUCCGUAUACCGAGUUCAAAUUGAGUUUGUGUCUUAGCAGGUUCAGACCGUAAGUGCGCGUUUUGCAGCGGGUAAUUAUCCAAUAAAAGGGGAAAAAAUCAAUUCCUAUAGCAGCAGCAGCCAGCAGUGCAAAUUUUAUCAACUUUGAACACCAGUAUCAGCGGCCGUUUUUCGUCCGGGGUGUGCCGUUUCGAUUCCAAGGUCGCAGGAAAAAUUCGUCGCGAGCAGAUCGGUACCUACUUUGUGGUGGUGGCCUCCCGAGGUGUUUGUGCAAAAAUCAAUUCAAUCAAAAUAGUUCAGCGCAGUGUUCUAUGUCCAGUUACUCUGGUUGAUUAGUGGAGGAAGAAGAAAGAAAAGAGAUUAAUAGACGAAGAGAACGGUGGCCUGAAGACGAAGGGGAACAGUUUCAAGAAAUCCGUAAUCUUAAGUGUGGGUUGUUUUUUGUGCAGUUGCAGUGGCAGCAUCAUCGGUGGCAAAAAAGAAUAAAAUUGAUCAAUAGUGGUGUGCAGUUUUCUCGGGAGAGAGACAAAGAUUUUCGGAAAAUUGAAUCAUUUCCAGCAAACAAGACUGUUCUUGUGAGACUGAGAAGAUCCGGUUGGACCUGAUACGACCAUAUAAUAGUCUAGAUCUACACACCCGGUAUCUCUGCGGGGGAGGCAAUAUAACCAGCAGCAACAGUAGUCGUAGUGUUUGAUUGGGAAAAAUAAGUGCAUCGUUGGAAAUAGAGAAUCGAUUCCUUUAUGAUUGAUUGUGCUCUGAAUGAUAUUGGCAGAAAACAAAAUUGAGUCCAAGUCAAGUUUGCAUGGGAAUUGUGUUUAGUGUAGUGAAAGUGAUUUGAAAACGGAGAAGAAAAUUGAUGUGCCAGUGAAAAGUUCAUUAAUUGCAACAAAACUAGUGACGCGUCAUCGGGCAGCAUCUUAGAAUCACGGUUAGGGUAGGUAGGCGGUGCCAGCAGGAGAAGCAAACAACGUUCAGCAGUAAAUCGCUCGCAACCGCUUGAGCGAACUAGUCAAUUUUUCACACGGAGACCGGUUCAAUAAAACAGCCUCAAAAUUAGUAACAUCAUGGCUUUCGCUGGUCUGAAGAAGCAGAUCAACAAAGCGAAUCAGUAUGUUACAGAAAAAAUGGGCGGUGCGGAAGGCACCAAACUGGACCUGGACUUCAUGGAAAUGGAAAGAAAAACAGACGUCACGGUAGAGCUGGUCGAAGAGUUGCAAACGAAAACGAAAGAAUACUUGCAACCGAAUCCGACGGCCAGAGCGAAGAUGGCAGCGGUCAAAGGUAUUUCUAAAUUAUCAGGUCAAGCUAAAAGUAAUACUUAUCCACAACCAGAAGGUAUAUUGGCCGACUGUAUGCUGACAUACGGUAAAAAGCUCGGUGAAGACAGUAUUUUCGCCGGCGCCCUCGUUGAGAUGGGCGAUUCGCUCAAGCAGAUGGCCGAUGUGAAGUACUCGCUCGAUGAUAACAUCAAGCAGAACUUCCUCGAGCCCCUGCACCAGCUGCAGACGAAGGACCUGAAGGAAGUUAUGACGAGAGGAAGCCGCCAGCCGUCCGAAGUCAGAGUUCGUCCCCAAGACGCUAGCGGAUUUGAACAUCGAAACACUCGGUUCCCAGGAUGGGAUGAAUGCUUCCCCAUUGCCAUCGCCCAUGCGGUCACCAGCGAGGACGCCGAUGCCCGCCAAGCCGACACAACCCUGCUGUACGGCGCUAUACGAUUUCGAGCCGGAGAACCCGGGAGAGCUGGGUUUCAAGGAAAACGACGUCAUCACGCUCAUCCAGCGUGUGGACGAGAACUGGUUCGAAGGCAGCGUCAACGGCCGGACCGGCUAUUUCCCGCAGUCGUACGUGCAGGUCACCGUUCCAUUGCCCUAAGCUGCCGGUCGUGUCCGAGUGCAUGGCUACAGCCUACGGCAUCUUCAUCAGCUAGGUUUUUAUUUUAUAAUUUUCGAAUUUCUUAUUUUUUAAAGUUUGAAAUCGUAACUCGCAACUCUGCCGCCUCCCGCAGACUCAUUAUCCUAUCGAUAGCUAUAACAGAGCUCUAAGCCAAUAACCCUUAUAUUUGUUUCUAUUGGUUUCGGAAAUGCUUCGGAAGCCCGUCAAACGCAUGGAACACGCAAUCUGUAGGGGUAGGGGCCGACGCACGAGUUGUAGUCGCAGGAAGUUGCAUAAAACUAUGUGACAAAAAAAUAGAUUUUACUAGAUUACGAAAAAAAACAAGAUAUUGAAACUAUGAAGUAUUUACAAGGAGAUUCAUUGCAGUUCAAUCGAAAUUUGUCUGUUUCUGUUUUACAUGUGAGGAAGACAUCACGGAAAAAAGUCUAAGUCUAUAUUCAUGUAACAAUGAAAGGUACGUGUAAGGUGUUAACUAUUAUCCAUAAUGAGAUGUGGAACAGAGGGAAGUGGACCGAUGGCGGAAAACUUCCAACAUAUGUGUAUAGUUAGGUACCAUGGAUGGGUGAGAUUGAUUGUUGAGUUUUGAGUAUGAUUCUUGGCGCGAAGAGUCGCACGAUUGCGAAUUUAGACAUUUAACCUUUGCGCCCGCCUGACGUGUGUUGAAUUGAUGUUUGGUAUGUCUUUUGCUCUUUUCUUGUUUUUUUUUUAUACCUAUUUUAUGAUUUUUCUAAACCAUUUUCAGGCAUUAUCUUUUUGUAUUGUACAAGCAGUGACUUAAUAUUGUGCUCUAAGCACAUAUAGUUUCUUGAAAUUUACACAAAUGUUUUCAAAUCAGUGUUUUUGGAUAUUCAUUUUAGUUUUUUUUAUUUAUUAUUCAGCCUGUUGCUUGUUUCCUCGCCCUUACUUACGUAAACAUUUUUUCACAAUAAGACGUAAAAUGGGAUACCAAAGAUAUUAACAUACGAAAUAAGUCAGCGACGUAAAGGUUAACACACUUCACACACAGACGGAUACCAGUAGUCGGCUGACUCAUAUAGUCCAGCAAAUGUCACACACAUACACGCUUUUAAUGCCUACACAAAGAAGAUAGCCGAAUUUCAGUAGUGAUCAUCAUGAUUUUCUUUUCCGUGACGACGAACGCCUGCUAGUUCUUAGGUUUAGGGCAAGACAGAAAGAGACAUUAUUGAAUUUUAAGCAUUACCAACAGAUUUUAUUCAUAUUGAGAAAAAUCUUUAAAUAAAUAAUCCUAAAACGCGCCGCUUGACCAGCCGCAACCGUUCGUCUUCAGUUGUUAGGUUUUAGCACUAACUUAGUUUAUAAAAGAGUGAUUCUGCGCCAGAGUGUGGGUACGUGCGAGUAUGCAAAUUAUCGAUAUUAGUCAAAUGAAGCGGUUAUUUGCUCUCAUGUUAUAUAUAUUUGAGUUCAGUCAGACGUGUGCGUUCGAGCGGAUGUAUGUAAAGGGCUUAACAUUUGAGAGCAAGAAGAUGGUUUCGUGAGAAUUUCGCCCCCCGUGUGCAAACUGAGAGUUUAACAGAAAAGACUUUCCACGGCUAACGCCUAAACAAGACGUGACCUUUUGCAUGUUCGGCACUGAUGUUCUCGGUUAAUCUAGUGUCACGUAGAAUGUUACGUUAUUUGGUUCUAAUUGUCCUCAUGUUUUGUUCUUUCAUUCGAUUCCAUCUAUUCAAAAACAGGAGCUAUAAUCUAAAUGAGUAUUAACUGUGUAUAUAUUUUUAAUGGGUUUCGUUGAAUAAACUCUUCAAAUGCUAGUCGGCGAUAUGCGACUGAAAGUUA